ACCUUCAACCAAACCCUAGGGAUUGAGCUUAAUUUUCCCGUUAACAACAAAUUCAAAAUCAGAGAGUGAGAAGCAUGAAGAUAGCAAUAGAAGGAUGCAUGCAUGGCGACCUAGACAAAGUCUACCAAACACUCAAACUCAUCGAAUCUCAAAACGGAACCAAGAUCGACCUCCUCCUCUGCUGCGGCGAUUUUCAGGCAGUGAGAAACGAGAGAGACAUGGAGAGCUUGAACGUGCCGUUAAAAUAUCGGGAGAUGAAGUCGUUUUGGAAGUACUAUUCAGGCCGAGAAAUUGCUCCCGUUCCUACGAUAUUUAUCGGUGGAAAUCAUGAAGCUUCUAAUUACUUAUGGGAAUUGUGUUAUGGAGGAUAUGCGGCGCCUAAUAUAUAUUUUUUGGGAUUUGCUGGUGUGAUUAAGUUUGGGAAUAUUAGAAUUGGUGGACUUUCCGGUAUUUAUAAUGCACGUAAUUAUCGUACAGGACAUCAUGAGAGGGCGCCAUACAAUGAGAGCAGUAUAAGAUCAGUGUAUCAUGUUCGUGAGUAUGAUGUGCAUAAACUGAUGCAAGUUGAGGAACCGAUUGAUAUUUUUCUUUCACAUGAUUGGCCUGUUGGGAUAACUGAUUGUGGGAAUUGGAAGCAGCUUGUUCGGUAUAAACCUCAUUUUGAGAAAGAGAUUCAAGAAAAAUCUCUUGGAAGUAAAGCUGCUGCUCAACUGCUGGAAAAAUUGAGACCUGCAUAUUGGUUUUCUGCUCAUCUGCACUGCAAAUUUGCCGCUGUUGUUCAGCAUGGUGAAGGUGGCCCCUUGACAAAAUUUCUUGCACUUGACAAGUGUCUUCCGCGUCGCAAAUUUUUACAGGUUAUUGAAAUAGAAUCGGAACCUGGACCUUAUGAAAUUCAAUAUGAUGAAGAAUGGCUGGCCAUAACAAGGAAGUUCAACUCUAUCUUUCCAUUAACGUUUAAAAAUGCAAAUUUUGGGGCUACGCAGCUUGAAAUGGAAGAUUGUCGGCAAUUUGUCAGUAGCAGGCUACAAGAAAGAGGGACCAAACCAUUUGAAUUUACACAGACUGCUCCACCUUUUGAUCCCACUCAAUCAGGCCCAAAUGGUUCCUUUUCUGGAUGUCCAAGGAAUCCUCAAACAGAAUCAUUGUUGCAGCUUCUGGAACUUCCAUAUCUUUUGGACAGCACAUCAGAAUCAAGAGAAGGAAGAUAUAGUCCUAGUGCUUCCCAGUUAAUUCAGAGAGGUUCUUUUGUUCAUAAUAGUGAAGAAAUUCCUAUUGAUGAUGUGGAUGAAUCAGAACUUGAAGAAGCUGAUGAUGUGGACACUAGAAAAGAGUAGUUCAGAAAGUCACACAAUGGCUUGUACUGGAAGCAUGCAGCGAGCAAAAAAGUGGCUUACCAUUGCCUGUAAAUUCAAAAAUUGGCCAAAUUAGUUGGUACAUCAGCUAUCACUGGAAACCAUCGAAAAAGUCAGCCAUCCAGUUAACUGCUGGGAUGAGUCAUUCCAACUCGUGAUUAAUCCAGCAUGGACAAAUAUGGUUUUGUUGUUUUGUAAUUUGAUGCUGCAUGGGCAGAGGGAGAACAUGGGCUUCAGCCAUCUUGUUCCCAUGCAAGAGGGUGGUGGUUUUCUGACAGGCACCAUUGUAAGUAAGCUAGUCAUGGUGGAAGGAACCACCCAGGCAAUGGUCUAUGUCCAGUGCAGAGUCUAUGACAUUUCAGCCAUGGGCGAAGAGGAGAAUACCACAAGAAACCUACUAGCUUGUAGCCCUUGUUAGGGGCAAUAUUUAUUGUGCAAUGCUGUAAUCUUUGGAUGUUUGUACUCUUUUAACGAAUCUCGGUUUUGGUUUAA